UGUGUGUGUUGUCAUUAUUAUCCACUCUGCUCCCAGCUCAGAAUGGCCAGAUUCACUCAGACUGAAACAAGAAGGCAGCACCAUCCACAGCAGCCCCAGCCCUCUCACUCCAGCCUGGUUUUCACCGGACCGGGGGCACCACCGACCCAACAACCACUACUACUUAUCCCACAUCAGCACCAGUACCCUCAGAUCACAUUUCCGAAACCCAUGAACGGGUCAGAACCCAUUUCAAUUCAUCCGGAGAGCGGCAACAUGAAAGACCAAGAUGCCAUUAAACUGUUUAUCGGGCAGAUACCGCGGAACUUGGAAGAAAAAGACCUGAAACCCCUGUUUGAACAGUUUGGGAAAAUCCACGAACUGACAGUUCUCAAGGACCGAUACACCGGCAUGCACAAAGGUUGUGCAUUUCUCACCUACUGCGCCCGAGAGUCGGCCAUAAAAGCCCAGAACGCCCUCCACGAACAGAAAACACUGCCAGGGAUGACUCGCCCCAUCCAGGUGAAACCAGCUGACAGCGAGAGCCGUGGAGGUAAAGACAGGAAGUUGUUUGUUGGGAUGCUGAACAAACAACAGACCGAGGAGGAUGUCUACCGCCUCUUCGAGCCUUACGGAGUCAUCGAAGAGUGCACAGUCCUAAGAGGUCCUGACGGAAACAGCAAAGGUUGCGCCUUCGUUAAGUUCUCCACACACACCGAGGCUCAGUCUGCAAUCAGCGCGCUCCACGGCAGCCAGACUAUGCCAGGUGCUUCCUCUAGCUUGGUGGUCAAAUUUGCCGACACAGACAAGGAGCGCACCAUCAGACGUAUGCAGCAGAUGGUUGGGCAGUUUGGCAUCUUUAACCCAGCCAUCGCCCUUCCCUUCAGCACCUACAGCUCUUACGCACAUGCGCUCAUGCAGCAGCAGGCAGCCAUCAUGGCAGCAAGCCACGGAGGUUACCUCACGCCUAGUGUGGCUUUCCCCGCCACACAGAUCCACCAGAUGGGGGCGCUCAACAUCAACAGCCUCCCGCCCACCCCCAUGACCCCGGUGUCGGGUGAGUUUCAUCAAACCCUGGCAGGCCUCAGUUCUCCACCAGCCAACAUCACCACCUCCGCUGUACCCAGCAUCGUCACGCCUAUCGUCAACGGAUUCACCGGCAUCCCUCAUCAGCCCAACGGACACCCUGCCGUGGAGACCGUGUACACCAACGGCCUGCCGCCCUACUCCACCCAGAGCCCCACUGCUGCCGACACCCUCCAGCAAGCCUUCACUGGUGUACAGCAGUACACAGCGAUCUACCCGGCCACUACGCUGACUCCCAUUGGCCAAACGCUGCCCCAACCAGCACAGGUCAUCCAGCAGCAGCAGCAGAGAGAAGGUGAGGGUCCAGAGGGUUGUAACCUGUUCAUCUACCACCUGCCACAGGAGUUUGGAGACAAUGAACUCAUGCAAAUGUUUCUGCCCUUCGGUACCGUCAUCUCCUCUAAGGUCUUCAUGGACAGGGCAACCAACCAGAGCAAGUGCUUUGGUUUUGUGAGCUUUGACAACCCUGCUAGCGCACAGGCAGCUAUUCAAGCCAUGAAUGGCUUUCAGAUUGGGAUGAAGAGGUUGAAAGUCCAGUUAAAGAGACCGAAGGAUGCCAGCCGCCCUUACUGACACAGCCUACCUUCAGUAUUCAUCGCAGCAGCACAGGUUUUAGAGGACACGUGAAGAUAUUAUCUUUGGAGGAGUUCAACUUUUUUUUUCUCUCUCUUUGAAAGCAAAAUAUGUUUUAAAAAAAAUCAACACAUAUGGAAUUUUUGAAGACAUAUCAGCAUUUACUUAUGAAGAUGUAGGUUACGGCAGAAGAGGAAGAUGCGAAAUGAGGAGGCGCUUCACCGGGGGACGUUAACAGUAACAGAUGGCACAGUGCAAGAAAGACGAGAAGAAAAAAAAACUGAAAAAAAGUGAUGAAACUGAACAACAGAACUUUUUCUUGUUGAGACUUGAAUUGUUAAUUAAGCAACAAACUAACAAACGAAAAGCAGCAACAACAAAUAGAUUUCUAUAUACAUAUUAUAUACACACAUAUAUAUAUAUAAGGAAAGAGGCGCUUGUGGCUUUUACUGUACUGGACAAAUGAGGGUUCAAACUUGAAGAUCAAAAAAAAAACAGUGGAAAAAAAGAAACUAUUCUAUAUCUCCACUGACAGACUUUCUUUCUCUUUCCCUCUUUCUCUUAUUCUCUCCCCGUCUCUCUCAGCAAGCGCAGAAGUGCAGCCACUGAGGUUUCCAUUAGCAACAAUAGGACUGGAAAUCUUUCACCCCUAAGGGACCAAAGGACCAAACAUUUUUAUUGUUCUGAACAGUAAUAUAUAGUAUUAAUGAUACUAAUACUGCAAACUACUACUAAUAAUAUUACAAGUUAAACUUAAGAAGAAACACUAGCUUCAGGUUGAAAAAAAAAAAAAGAGCAAGGGUUUUUGAUUUUUUUUUCCUUUUACAUUUAUAGUUACUGGGUUUGAAAAUAUUAAAACAAAACAGAAAAAUGUAUAAAAAAAAAAGUAAAGCUAUACUAUUUUAGUGCCGUAGAAUAUAUGGGUUAGACAUUGUUUCGGGCAUGUUCAGAUAUAUUCUUUUGCCUCUCGUUACGUCAUCCGCAUCGCAGCAUUUCAUCUCGGAAGCGUGAUCCGUAUGUGUUAUUGUGUCAGAAGAAGAAGAAGAAAGCAGUCCUUUAGUGCCAAAAGUGACACAGUAACCUUUUCUCAAAGCAGACAUCAAAAGAACCAGAGCGUAUUUAGCCAAGCGUUGCUGUCCUCUGUUCUUGCCAGCGUGUUGCGGUUCCGUAAUUGAUCGUCAUUGCGACUCAUUCCAUGUCAUCAUUAAAGCCUUGAUAGUACAGAUAAUCUGACCAUAAAGCACUGUGGUAAAAGUGCCACCCGGCUGAGCUGGAUACGCAGCAGUAAAACAGCACAGCAUCUGUAACUGCUUAAUAAAAUAUACAAAUGAGCCUGACAGCAGUUGUAAAAAUUUCCAUCGGCGUGUCACAGUGGUCCCUCCCGGGUCGUGCCCUCUUCCACUGCCAAGCUCCUCCAGCUGCUCUCAGCAGGCGGGAGCAGACUCCCCUCCUAUUUCUCCUCCUCCCUCCUGCUUCUCUUUCCUCACCUCCAAGUGCCAGCAUAUCUCUCUCUUAAUAGGGACCAUCGGUUCACGGGUGCCCCAAAGCUAACCCGCAGCAUAAUUAGGGUAAUGAUAAUAUUGAUUAGAUGGGGAGCAGCACCGCAGGGCGAGAGAUGCGCAAUCAAUUACACAUUGGCAUUUUGAGUGAAUUGACUGAGUGACAGAGUUCAUUUCUCUCUCAGUAGCUGGAUGUUAGUCUUUUUCUCCCAUGUUGUCAUCCAGAGUCCCUGAAAGAAUCCCAAAACGCAGAACGGCAGCGUGUCCCGUGGGACACUUUGAAGGCACUUGGAUCGGUGUCAUUAUGGUAAAGUGUGGAGGCA